AUGUUACGACGUCUCGCAAUGAAGUUCGAGAUGAGCGCAUUGUUUGCGAAUGGUCCAAUUGGAAGUUUAAAGGUUGGAGGACACAAGGACGAAUCGACUUCUAUCCCACCAACGCGAGGCUGCCAACGCACAACUAACCUGAGGAUUGUCACAAUCUCAGCAUCUUCUCAACAGACCAAAGCUCCUCAAGGGGAGAGCUAUUCGACUAGGAUACCUGUUACGAACACCAGUGAGCCAGCUACAGAGCAUGCUUCGGUUCCACAUUGUCACAAUCCUACCGAUACCGUCGAAGCGAUGGAUGAUGUUCCAGAACUUGUGGCAGAGGAACCAGCCCGCCACGUGCAGCGUGCUUUUAGUCUUUCCGGUUAUCAAUAUAGGGCUUCUAACAAGAUUGACUGGUUUCCAAAGAGCAUCGCUUUGCCUGCUUCUCCCUCGCGUUAUGAGUCCCUAACUAUCGUCGGAAUCGACGAAGCUACGGAAGCCAUGGAGAAGUUGACGAUUGGUACACGCCGAUCACACUCAUCUUCGGACAUAUUAGCUUGCACGUCUACUGAUAAUCCGCCUGGUGGAGGAGAAUUGAACACGGGAGGCAUUGAUGCUAGUGGUGCAAGCGCAGCCCUUGAGAACGACUUGGAUAUGCCCACCGCCGAUGAAGAUGACGAUAUCGAUAUGGUCACGGAGGAUCCUAGACCUCGUCUAAAGCAGUUUGAGCCUUCGGAACAUUCGAAAACGGAUGGCCUUGAUCUGGGUGCUGAUGCAAUGGAUGGCUUAGGUCGGAAAGAUUGUGAUAUGAUAGAUGCCCCCAAGGCUCCCCAAGCUGCAGCUGGGGGUUCAUUGCCAUCCAUCACCCAGAAUAUCCUUUCAGCAAAAGAGUACGGCCCACAAGAGAGCAUGGAAGACGCAACCGAGGCCCACCAGCGUCCGGAGGACUCCUUCUCAUCAAGCUUUUCAUCACUAUCGUCAAUGCCGAGCACCCCAUUAACAUUCAAUUCUUCGAUUUCAUCCGCCCCUGCCUCAGAUCUGGGCAGUUCGAAGCGAGAGCCUGUCCAUGCUGAUAUCGAGGUGGAGCCACUCCCAGUGACGGGUUGUAAUGCUGAGUAUGACGACCGUGUCGGCUUCUUGAACCGACUUUUCCUCCAAUUUGAACGCCUCAAUGGCACCGUUUGGCGGAACUCGGCGUAUAAGAAGAGCGCGCUAACUACAACUGAGAUGAACAAAUGCGCACAGAUGUAUGAAAAGCACUGUGCAAACCACGGUGAGGUGAUUGAAAACCCUCAUUCGUAUCAAGAUAUGGCACAGGAGGUAUGGAUACAGCUAGGCUUGGAGGGCAUGUCACCACUGGAAUGGAAGACCUUUUGUGAGAACUACCGUGAAGAAGAGCGCAAGUCUGGAAAUAAGCCAAUACUUCCGGCUCAAGUAAUUACAUCACCAGCACCUCACGUCGCAGUUCCUUACCUAAAGACUACGACGCCUAUGUACCAUCCGUGGUCAACCUCUCAUUAUAUCGCCCAAUCCGUUCCCCCAACAUCUCAAACCAACUACCCUGAGCAGUCGAACUUGACAGCAUUUCUACAGAGUUUGGUGCCACCUGCUGCAUCAUCGCCUUCCCCAUCACCCACGCUCCCGGGCCUUUCGCCAACAGAACUACUAAAUAUACUCAAUGGCCUCAAUUCCACAACUUCUCCCGAAAACCCCUCGUCCUCCACCGUCUCGACCACAACCUCCAACUCGGCUAGCACCGCGCAGCCUGCUGCACAGCCUGUCCCAGUGGUCGCGCCACCCCUAACGACGUCAACGGCUCUGCAAACGACUGCCCCAGCGACCCCAAUUCAGCGUCAACUGGCCGCGGGAAGAAAACGGGCUCGUGAUUCAGGCCCCGACGAGGAAGGAGAAGACCCGGCCCUCAAGAUCUGGAAGGGUGGCAAGACGUUUUGCAGUCGGGUUAGGCGAUUUGAGGCGCCUCAAUGGAUUAUGAGAGUGCGCAGUAGGCCGGUAGAACUGCGAUGAUUUGCAUCAACUGUAUGAGACUUCCUUCUUUUCUCCUCUGCUUCUGUGGCUUUUCCUGUCUUCGUGUAUUUGUUAGUCGUUUGCGUGCGAUUUUCUUCUGCUUUCCUUGCACUUUUUGGGGGCGAUUGCGUGCUAUGUUCUUCGGACGGGUACUAGAAGAUAUGCCUUUUCUUCCUGCUUGGGGACACGUUGGGUAGCCUAAAUGCAGUUGCAGAUACCUAU